CUUAAAGUUGCCAAGUUUGAGAAAUACUGGACUACUGUAGAUGGUCCGCGGCGUGAUUUCACCCACUUGGAAACGCGGGGAGCCAUUCCUGCCGCCACAGGACUGUCGACGGCGCCAUCGGCCGUUCUCACCGCAAAUCAGACGUAGCAAAAGGCAGCCGGUGUGAGGAGAGUCGCGGGGAGAUGGGGGUGCAGCUCCCACGGCCGGAGCUCCGUUCCUCGGGCGAGGGCCCCGCGCUCCGCUCCUGCCUUACGCCUCUGCUGGCUCCCUCCGGGCGCUGAACUGAGCCCCACCCAGGGACUCUUCAACGCUUGACGUCUGCGGGAGCUACUUCGGACCCGCCGCUUCAGCCAGUUCCUCCCCUUUCGCUUUUGCCGGCGCUCCGCGUUGGAGAGAGGCAGGCGGAGGCAAACGGGGGCAGGAGCAGAGAAGGUAGCCAGCUCCUCGCUCUGCGGUCCUACAGCCGGCCGGCCGGGCAGGCAGCACCGGGAGCUGGCGGGAUCUUUCUCUACCGACCGGUUCGCGUCCGGAUUCGGAAGUGGCGCUGAGCGGCCGGCGGGGCUGCGGGAUCAGCCACCUGAAGUUCAGAGUCCAGCCCUUGCAGAGAAGAAGAGGCAGCAGCUGCUAUGAUCCAGACACUGGUCUUCCUGCUGUUGCUGGCUGGGAAAGGGACUGCUGUUACCACCACCAAUCCCCGUGUGAAGCUCUCCUUCCAUGACCUGCAGAUGCGACAUGGACUGCGCACCUAUGAGUUGGAACGCUCUUGUUGCUAUGAUGCGCUGCUCCUGGAUGAAGAGAGGAGCCGACUUUUUGUGGGGGGAAAAAACUACUUGGCAUCCUUGAGCUUGGACAACAUUAGCAAGCAUGACAGGAAGAUUUAUUGGCCCGCACCUGUGGAAUGGAGGGAGGAAUGCAACUGGGCAGGCAAAGAUAUCAACGCCGAGUGUAUGAAUUUUGUUAAGAUCCUACAUCUCUACAACCGCACACACCUGCACGCCUGUGGCACUGGGGCUUUUCACCCCAUUUGUGGCUUUGUAGAAGUGGGGCAACGUGUGGAGGACUCUGUGUUUAAGCUGGACCUCAGGAGCCUGGAGGAUGGCAAAGGCAAAAGCCCCUAUGACCCAAAUCACAUGGCUGCCUCAGUUCUUGCAGGUGAAGAGCUUUACUCUGGUGUGGCUACUGAUCUGAUGGGCCGAGACUUCACCAUCUUCCGCAGCCUGGGAUCGAGGCCCUCUGUCCGCACAGAGCAGCAUGAUUCCCGAUGGCUCAAUGAACCCAAGUUCAUUGAUGUCUUCUGGAUCCCAGAGAGUGAGAACCCUGAUGAUGAUAAGAUCUUCUUUUUCUUCCGGGAAACAGCAGUGGAGGGAUCCCAAGGCCUGGACAAGCAGACCUUUGCACGCAUUGGGCAAAUUUGCCGGAAUGAUAUGGGUGGGCAGAGAAGCCUGGUGAAUAAAUGGACAACAUUCCUGAAGGCCCGGCUGGUGUGUGCAGUACCAGGCAGUGAUGGGAGUGACACCCAUUUUGACCACCUCCGUGAUGUCUUCUUGUUGCCAACCAGGGAUAAGCGUAAUCCAUUGUUAUAUGCAGUUUUUACCACCUCCAGCACAGUUUUCAAAGGUUCUGCUGUCUGCAUGUAUCACAUGAACGACAUCCGCAGAGCUUUCCUUGGUCCUUUUGCUCACAAGGAGGGUCCUAACUAUCAGUGGGUUUCCUAUCAAGGCCGUGUCCCUUAUCCUCGCCCAGGAACGUGUCCCAGCAAAACCUUUGGCACUUUUAGUUCCACCAAGGAUUACCCUGAUGAUGUGAUCCAAUUUGCCCGUAACCACCCAUUAAUGCAUAAUCCAGUGCUGCCCCAUGGCCAAAGACCUGUCUUCCUGCAAACCAAUGUGGACCACAUCUUCACUCGCAUCGCAGUGGACCGAGUGGCAGCCACCGAUGGUCACUAUGACGUCCUCUUCAUUGGCACAGACAUUGGCACAGUCCUGAAGGUCGUCUCUGUGCCCAAGGACUCAUGGCAAAACAUGGAGGAAUUGCUGCUGGAGGAACUGCAGGUGUUCAAGGACUCCUCUCCUAUUACUAGCAUGCAGAUCUCAUCCAAGCGGCAACAGCUGUAUCUGGGCUCCAGAACUUCCAUUUCCCAGCUACCCUUGCACCGCUGUGGGAUGUAUGGCAAAGCUUGCGCGGAGUGCUGCCUAGCGAGGGACCCCUACUGUGCCUGGGAUGGCACUACCUGCACUCGAUACCUGCAGAAUACCAAGCGGCGAUACCGACGCCAGGAUGUGAGGAACGGAGAUCCCACUAUCUUGUGCUCUAGAGAUCCUCAGAAAACGACUGUGCCAGAAAAGAAGCUGUAUGGCGUGGAAGGCAGCAGCACUUUUCUAGAGUGUCUACCUAAAUCACUGCAAGCCAAAGUUGUGUGGACAUACCAGAAGACUAGCAGUGACCCCCAGAAGGAGGUAUUGCUGGAUGAUCGGGUCAUCAGGAUGGAGCGGGGAAUCCUGUUGCGCAAUGUACAGCACAAAGAUGCUGGCUUGUAUUAUUGUCAUGCAACAGAGCAUGGGUUUACCCAGAGUCUGCUGCACCUCCAGCUUGAAGUGAUCAAUGCACAGCAGGCUGACUCUCUCUCCCUCUCUUGGGAAGAGGAAUCCACACAACCCUUCCAUCGCAAACUUUGGUAUCAAGAUUUCUUACAGUUGGUGGAUCAUCCCAAUCUCAGCACCAUGGACCAGGUGUGCGAGCAAUUAUGGAGCCACAAGAGCCACCAGCCCAAGAAAAAGCCCCCUCCAUUGCCCCCUUUAUUUAGCAUCAAGUCUAAAAGUCAGAAGUGGAAACAUCUGGAGGAAAAGCGGAAACCCCGCAGCCGAAGAACACAUGAAGUGCCUCGCGCAGAAAGGGCUCCUCGGAGCACAGAUGUCUGGUGACCUGUAGAGGGGCGCACUUAUACCAAUCUCUGUGCUGGGAAGGGCCAGGGAAUCAGGGUGGGGGUAUGGGAAUAGGGGUGGUAGGAGAGAAAGAGCAGGAUCUUUUAUGGCUUCUGUAGUUGGGUGGAAAGAACAUCCUUCCACACCAGCCCCAUACUCCUGGGUGCUGCUUCUUGUGUAGUUUGUAGGGGAAAUAGUAAUGUUGGUGUCAUAGCAUAGCUGCUACUCCUCAAAAUCUUGACAGAGAGCCACAGAACCUGAGUAAGAACAGGGGAGGCUCUGCACUCCUGGCCUGUUCAUAAUACACAACCAAAGAUGAGGAUACCAGCCUCCAAGGACCAAAUGCACCAGAGGCCACAUCCUGAACAUCCCUGACCAGUGAGAAGGAAAAUAGGCAGAAUUCACUGGGAAAUACAAUUCUUUUCUGCAAGGAUCCAGUGGCUGCCAAACUGCUACCUAAGGACUUCUGGUGCUCUAUAUCUCUGGAGCUUCCACUGAUAUUCUGUCAUCCCCUGACAAGGACAGCACUUGGAUGCCUCUCACAAUGUAUUCUGUCUAAAUCUUGGAGCAGGAUGUUGACCCUCUUUCCUCUCCCUUCCUUAUCCAAGCAUAACUGCCUUGUGUGCUUAAGUAGCCAUAGUGUGUUCCACCUCCAGAAACACAACACAACCACUGAUGUAUUUAUUAACAGACUGUUUACUGAUGAAUGUAGUCCACCUCUGGGUGGCCAUCAAGAUUUAGCCUCUAAUGGAAGGAACGGGGCUGUUGUUGCCCAGAGGACUUGGAGUUCAUUUCUGACUGAAAUUUUCUGGGUGUAAGUUUGUAUGAGAAGAUAUUUCAAGUUGUGAUGAUGGAGAUGCAAAAGUAGAGGAACCAAGCAGCAGAAAUUGCCCCCUCUCAUUUAGUCAGGGCCCCAGAGGGUUUUUUGCUAGCCUGAAACCCAUUCCAGGGAAAGAGCAGUCCAGAAGAUUCCUGCUAUGAGCCACAGUUAUGGGACUUCUGGAGAACAUGUAGAUACUGGAAAUUGUUUAAGGUUGUGAUCAUAUUGGUAUGUGAAGAAAACAUCUGCCCCUGCUUUGAACUGUAUGUCUCCCAUUGUUCCUGCUAGAGAGAUUAGCAUCAACCAACAUUUGAUUCCUAUGUAAAUCUGGUUGGGGACCCGAGCUGCCAGCCACCAAAUCUCAGAUGUAAUCCUGAAAAAGGCUAGUGCCACCAAGAGCCCAUUUGGCUCACUUUCAAGCCUCAGUUUUGGAGCAAUUUCUGUGGCACUCAGAAAGACCAUACUAUUCUCAGCCUAUUGCUUAGAUGGAAUAAUCUGCCUUUCAGAAAAGCCCUGAUCAUCCUUUUGUUUGUUAUUCUGUGGAAAAGCAAGCUUUAAGAUGCAGGUAUUGACUUGAAAGUGAUAGCAAGCUGGAAUGGGCUAUGAUCUGAGGACCAAGUCGGUAAUAUUCCAAGUCCACUGGAGUUGGGUGGUCAAUAAAUUUAGAUAGAUAGAUGCUAGAUAAUGGACAGACAGACAGACAUGCAAGGUGUAUAAGCAGUUUCUCUGGUGUAUACCAGCAAAAGUUAUGGCUAGCCCUACUUAAUCUAAUUGAGGCUGGAAUGGACAAUCCCAAGGAAGAUGUGGGACUGACUUGAGAGUGACAUGAUGUUUGAUUGGACUGCAAUCUGGAGAUACAGCAGAACUAAUAAGUAGGCAUUAAAUCUGCAUUGUAGGUAUGUAACAAUGGAAAUGCACAUUUCUAAAGCCAGCUUCUCAAUUUUACAUUCUUGGAUGUGAGCUGCCCCUAAAUUGUCCUGCAAGUGAGAAAGGUUUGAGAUGAUCAGGCCAUCUGAAGCCUUAAUGAGUCCAGAGACAGUAGGAGGGUUUUUUAUAAUAUUCUUUGCCUUUUAUUCCUUUUGAGAGACUUCUGCUGCUGUGUCUCAAAGCAUUUCCAUUCACUUUUGUAGUCUGAAAAAAUGUUGUACAUAAAAUAUUUGGAAGUUGGAACAAAUCUCAGAUAUUCUACAAAUUGCUGUGCUUUGGGUUUUCUCUUUCUCUCUUACACAGUUCUAAUUUUAAAAAAAAAUGUUUUGCAAUGAAGUAAACCAUUGUACAAAUUAUCUGGAGUUAAAUGAUGAGACAUAAACUGCAAAUAGGACUUCUUAAAUUUGUAUAACUGCAGUUUCUCACUGCUGAUGUCAAACACAAUGGAGAACUCAGAAAUAUAGUCGUCUUAGUGAUAUGGGGAAAAGAUCUCCCUUAGUCCUCCUGUCCCCUGGAUCAUCUUCAGAACAAUGCCAGUCUUGGACACUGAAGUACAUUAACCCUAGAAGAAUUAUGUUAGUGACUGAGGUGGCUGGGUAGAUGGAUGAAUAGACAGAGAGAGGGAAAAAAUAUGUUUCAAAACUCUGUCAGUCCUUGUGCCCUUAGGAGGAGAAAACUAAGUUUCUGGAAUAGUUCUCCAGAAAAAAGAUCACUUUCCAUUUCAAA